AUGUCCCAACCAGAUCGACGCAUCGCUAAGCUCAAAUCCCGCUUCCGGGAGACUGUCGCCGGCAAACACCCCCUACGUACCCCAAACGACGCCCAGCUCUUCCUCGAAGCCGUCCGCAUCCAGCCCUCAGCCCCCCAAUGCGUCGAGAUUCUAGUGUCCAGCCCGGCCGGUCUAACGGCAGUCCGCGAAGCCGUCCGGGCAAACCUGGCCGAGUCAUUCAUCCUCACUUAUACGCUUUCCUUCCUCCGGUACUUGUCGGAUCCGGGCGUGAAAUCGCUCGCUGAUGGACAGCUGCUUGAACAAGUCCUGCUUGCUGUCGCCAACCCGCCUACUUUUCUGACUGCCCUCAUCAAACUCUUCGAAGGCCACAAACUCCCUGAUGCUCACCUCGCUUCAUUCGCCUGGCUAGUCCUGGAAUUACUCUCCCUCCGUCCCCAAGCAGCCGACUCCCUCGACGGCACAUCCGCUCUCCUCUCCACCAGCAUGAAUACCCACCUCUCCCGUCUCCUCCAAUCCACCGACCACACGGCGCGCGAGCUAGGCUACAAAAUCGAGAAAGUAAUCCAACUGCGGGCCUCCCCAAACCAGCGCGACGGGGCCGCAGGUGGGCCGGGGGGUCGACACGACAAUGACUUUGCCGAUUUCCGGGAGAUCAAGAUUUACCCGACGACUGACGAGUUCUUGUCGAAGCAGCCGCCGUAUUAUCAGACGGCACGGGAGGUGGCGGGGACGGAGAAGGGGGUAAGGGUGAGCACGCAUUUGGAUAAUCAAUUUCGCAUGUUGAGGGAGGAUAUGAUGGGGGAACUCCGCGAAAACAUCCAAGACGCCACCUCCCCCACAACCAAAAAAAAGCCUAGCAAACACCGUCCCGCCACGGUCCUCAGCGACCUCGUCCCCCACGGCAUCACCACCACCGACACCACCAACACAAGCGACCCCAACACCCGCUUCAAAAAGUGCACACUCCUCCUGCGCUGUGAAACCGGCAUCCCCGGUCUCCGCAACGUCAGCAUCGGCCCCGGCCCCAACGCCGUCGACGAAAUGGCCACCGAAGGCGCGCGCAAACGAUACCUCAAAGACCAGCCCUCGUUACUCCGGCACCAGUCGUUUGGCGUGCUCUGUCGGGAGUCAGAGAUUAUCGCUUUUGCGUUUGUUGAUCGCGACGUGGACAAACUCAUAAAAACACCACCCAUCGUCUCGCUGCAGUUUACGGAUGAGCGCGCCUUGGGUAAGGCGUUACUAGCCCUGCGACACGGUGCGCCGAAGCGGGACCUCGUCCGUUUCGUGCUAGUUGACACACCAGUAUUUACCUACGAACCCGUGUUGAUGGGGUUGCAGAACCUGGCGGAUGUGCCGUUGUUGGAUGUGUUGGUCAACCCGGAGGGGAUGGAGGAGGCGGUGGAGGGGUUUGAGGUGCCGGGGCGGUUGAGAGAGGUGGUGGAACGGUUGAAGGGGGAGGCUAUGGAGUUGGGGCCGGAGGGGGUGGUGAUGUUGAGGGAGGAGGAGAAGGGAAAGGGGAAGGGGAAGAAGGUGACGGUGGAUAUGGCGCAGUUGAGGGCCUUGGUGCAGGCGUUGACUAGGCCGGUUAGUUUGAUUCAGGGGCCGCCGGGCACCGGCAAAUCCUUCAUGGGCGCCCAAAUUGCCCGCCUUCUCUCCGAAGCCGGCCGACGCAUCCUCGUCCUGAGUUACACCAACCACGCCCUCGAUCAAUUCCUCGAAGACCUCAUGAAAGCCGGCAUCCCACGCGAGUCCCUCGUUCGCCUCGGCUCCAAAGCAAAAUGCACCCCCCAAACCGAAUCCCUCCUCCUCUGGGGCCAGCGUGGGGAGUACCGGCGCACCCGGACCGCCUGGCAGGUUAUCGAAGCCCUGCGAUCCGAGGCCACAGGCCUAGUACCCAAGCUGCACAAGGCCUUCCAGGAGUUUGUCUCGUUUUCUCCCAAGUGGGAUGAUAUCGAGGAGUAUCUCGAGUUUGCCGACGGCGGGUUUUCUUUUCUCGAGGCCCUGCGUGUGCCCGUCAACGACGAGGAUGACAGCUGGGACAUGGCGGGAAAAGGCGGUCACAAAGUCACGCCGGACUACCUCUACAAGCUCUGGCUCAAGGGUGACGGUCCCAAGGCGUUUUCCAAACAAAUCCCCGCCACCGGCCGACCAGUCUGGCAAAUGUCGAAGGCCGACCGCCAAAAACACCACGACAAGUGGACACAAGCACUCGCCGAGGAACAAGUCCAAGUAGUAUCCAGUCUGGCCCGACAAUUCAACGAUCUCCAAUCCCGCAUCGCAGUACAAUUCUCCGAAGGCGAAGCCAGCGUUGUCCUCGCCAAACAAAUCAUCGGAUGCACCACCACCGCAGCCGCCAAACACGCCCGUCUCAUCCGCGCCGCCAAACCAGACGUCAUCCUGAUCGAAGAAGCCGGCGAGAUCCUGGAAAGCCACGUCCUAACCGCCCUGUCCGACACCGUGCGGCAGAUUGUGCUCAUCGGCGAUCACAAGCAACUGCGCCCGAAAAUCGCCAAUUACGCGCUGUCUGUCGAACGCGGCGAUGGGUUUGAUCUCAACCGCUCGCUAUUUGAGCGGUUGGUGUUGCUCGAUCACCCGCAUGUCCGCCAUGCCACUCUGCAUAAACAGCACCGUAUGGCGCCGGAGCUGUCGCAGUUUGCGCGGAAACUGACUUACCCUAACCUCCUCGACGGACCGAACACCGCUAACCGGCCGGCCAUCCUCGGCCUGCGUGACCGAGUUAUUUUCCUCCAUCACACCCGUCCGGAAGACAUCGACACCCAACUGCGCGACCGGCGCGACCAUACCGCUGCAGCUAACACCGACCCCGGGAUAAAAGCCAGCAAACGCAACCAAUUCGAAGCCGAGAUGGUGCUGCGGACGGUGCGGUACUUGUUCCAGCAGGGGUACGCACCUGAUGAAGUGGUGCUGUUGACGCCGUAUCUGGGGCAGGUGAGGGUGCUGCGGGAUUUGCUGGUCAAGAACCAGCAUGAUCCGGUGUUGAGUGAGGCGGAUAAGAAUGAGUUGGUGAAGAUGGGGAUUGUGAGUGAGGCUGCGGCUAAGGUGGGGAGGACGCCUUUGAGGGUUUCUACUAUUGACAACUACCAAGGCGAAGAAAGCGACAUCGUCAUCAUCUCCCUGACCCGGAGCAACGACUCGGGCGACAUCGGCUUCAUGUCUGCCCCCGAGCGUCUCAACGUGCUGCUGACCCGUGCCCGCAACGGUAUGAUUCUGAUCGGGAACAUGUCCACUUUCCUGGCAAGCAAAAAGGGGCACGCCACCUGGCAUCCGUUCUUUGAGAUUUUGAGAGAGGGCGGGCAUGUGUAUGAUGGGCUGCCGGUGCAGUGCCAGAAGCAUCCCCAGACGACUGCCUUGCUAAAACAGCCGGUGGACUUUGACACGGCCUGUCCUGAGGGGGGGUGUACCGAGAUGUGCAACGCUCCCCUCCCCUGCACCCACCUCUGCCCCUCUCGCUGCCACCGCCUAACCAACCACUCCUCCUACCCCUGCCACGCCCCCAUCACCCUUACCUGCCCCCGCCACCACACGACCAAAACCCGCUGUUCCACCCCCAAACACACCUGCGCCGUCUGCCGGGCCGAAGACGCCGAGACGGAACGCCGCGCGAAACGCGAUUUGAACCUGGAACGGGAACGCUUGCGGCGCGAGGCGGAGUAUACGGCAAAACUGAUGGAGAUUCAGGAUGAGGUGGAUUGGCAGAGGAGGUUGAAUCGGGAUGUGGAAUUGGAGGGGGAACGGAGGGAGGAACUAAAGAGGCAGAGGGAGGAGUUGAAAACCCUAAAAGAGAAGGAGGGGAGGUUGAAGAGGGAGGAGGAGAGGAGGAAGGGGGUGGAGGAGGCUAGGGAGAGGGCGGUGAAGGCGAAGCAGAAGAAGAAUGAGGUUGAUUCGCCGACUGCUAAUAAACCUGAUGAGCCUUCAGACAUAAAUGGUGGUGAGGAUGGGGGCUGGGCGGCCAGCGGCGCGCAGGCAGAGUGGGAGGCUAUGAAGGCGGAUGGAGCGGAGAGUAAACCGUUGAAUACAUUGAUGGGCAUGAUUGGGCUGGAGGGGGUGAAAGAGGAGUUUCUGGGGGUGAAGAGUAGGGUGGACACCGCGCUGAGGCAAGGGAUCUCGAUGAAGGAGGAGCGGUAUAGUUGUGUGAUGUUGGGGAAUCCGGGGACUGGCAAAACAACCGUCGCCCGCCUCUACGCCCAGUUCCUCACCGACCUCGGCGUCAUCCCCGGCAACAACUUCCAAGAAACCACCGGCGCCAGCCUCGCCCACGCCGGCGUCAACGGCUGCCAGAAGCUCCUCGACACCAUCCUCAACGCCGGCGGCGGCGUGCUCUUCAUCGACGAAGCCUACCAACUCACCUCGGGCAACAACCCCGGCGGCGGCGCCGUGCUGGAUUUCCUGCUGGCUGAAGUCGAGAACCUCCGCGGCAAGGUCGUGUUUGUGCUCGCUGGGUAUAACCGCCAGAUGGAGAGCUUCUUCGCGCAUAACCCCGGUCUGCCUAGUCGGUUCCCCGUUGAGAUGAAGUUUGCUGAUUACACCGACGACGAACUGCUGAGGAUUCUGGGGUUUAAAGUCCAGAAGAAAUACAACGGCGCGAUGGACUGCGAGGACGGGUUCUCGGGUUUGUACUGCCGUAUCGUUGCUCGGCGUGUCGGCCGGGCGCGCGGGACGGAGGGGUUUGGAAAUGCCCGGGCGAUGGAGAAUGUCCUGGACCGGAUUGCGCGUAGACAGUCGAACCGAUUGCGGCGAGAGAGGAAGAAACUCAAGGGUAACCCGGACAAGAAACAGCAAGCCAACAUCAACGACUUCUUCUUCACCAAGGAGGAUCUCAUCGGUCCGGAGCCGGCGAAUGCCUUGACGAAAUGCAACGCCUGGAAGAAGGUGCAAAACUUGGUUGGUCUCGGGGCGGUCAAGAAGGCCGUGCAGGCGCUGGUGGAUAGCAUCCAGCAGAACUACACACGCGAGUUGCAGGAGAAGCCGCUGAUCGAGUAUUCGCUAAACAAAGUGUUUCUGGGAAACCCGGGGACCGGCAAGACGACAGUGGCGAAGCUGUAUGGGGAGAUUCUGGUGGCACUGGGAUUGUUGUCUAAGGGGGAGGUCAUCAUCAAAAAACCCGCCGACUUCGUAGGCGCCCACCUCGGCGGCUCCGAACAACAAACCAAAGGCAUCCUAGCCUCGACCGAAGGCAAGGUCCUCGUCAUCGACGAAGCCUACGGCCUCUACGGCGGCGGUGGUGGAAGCGGAGGUACCUCCGACCCCUACAAAACCGCCGUGAUCGACACCAUCGUGGCCGAAGUACAAAGCGUGCCUGGCGACGACCGCUGUGUGCUACUACUCGGCUACACGGCGCAGAUGGAGGACAUGUUCCAGAACGUGAACCCGGGUCUGGCGCGACGGUUCCCUAUUGCUUCCGGGUUCCAGUUUGACGAUUUCGACGCUGACGAGUUGCGGAAGAUUUUUAAUAUGAAAGUCAAGGGGCAGGGAUACACCGUCACCGACCAGGCUGCGAAUGUGGCUAUGGAGAUCCUCAACCGCGCGCGGAACCGGCCGAAUUUUGGCAACGCCGGGGAGAUUGACAUCCUGCUGGAUACGACCAAGGCCCGUCAUCAAACACGGUUGGCACGGUUGGCGGCCGCCAAAACACCCUCUUCCUCCCCCGACGUGUUGGAGGCCAUCGACUUCGACGAGCACUUUGACCGGGCCUCGCGGUCUGAGACCAACGUCCGCAAGUUGUUCGAGGGCACAGUCGGCCAGGAGGAUGUCAUCUCGCGAUUGGAAUGCUACCAAAAGACCGUCCGCACCAUGAAGAGCCUGGACAUGGACCCCAAAGAGACCAUCGACUUCAAUUUCCUCUUCCGCGGGCCGCCAGGUACGGGUAAGACGACCACGGCGAAAAAGAUGGGGAAGGUGUUCUACGACAUGGGAUUUCUUGCCUCGGCGGAAGUCAUCGAGUGCUCUGCCUCGGACCUCAUCGGGCAGUAUGUCGGGCAAACAGGGCCGAAAGUGCACCAGCUGUUUGAUCGGGCACUGGGUCGGGUGCUGUUUGUCGAUGAAGCGUACCGGCUGGCGGAAGGGCACUUCGCCAAGGAAGCCAUGGAUGAGAUUGUCGAUUCGGUCACCAAGGACAAGUACUUCAAGAAACUGGUCAUUAUUCUUGCGGGGUAUGAGGCUGAUAUCAACCGGCUGAUGUCGGUCAACUCGGGACUCACCUCGCGGUUCCCGGCUGUGAUUGACUUCCGGGCGUUGACGCCGGACGAGUGCAUCGACUUGUUGCGUAAGGUGCUGCAGAGGCAAAAGACGGACAUGGAAGCCAAGAGCAAGAGGGUCAAGAUGGACUUGUCCUGCUUGGACAACCCCAGCGAGGAGUUCCAACAGGGGUUGGUCCAGGCUUUCACAGAACUCACGACACAGGACAACUGGGCCAGCGCGCGGGAUGUGCAGUCCCUGGCUAGGAACAUGUUCAAGGUGAUGAUCGGGAACAGCCAGGAGGUGGCUGCGGGGAGGGUUGUUCUUACGGAGGAAAUUGCCCUCGAUCAGCUCCGGGACAUGAGCAGGGAGCGGGCGUCGCGGGCCCAGGCAAAGACUUCUUCGCCUCUCCAAGACUUGCAGAAGUUCCUCCAGCCAGCGCCGCUGCAAAACGCGCCUCUCCCCCCAAAACUGUCCACCACACAUGCCCAUGCCCAUGCCCAUGCUCAUGCUGAAGCUCCGGCCGAACAACAACAAGACCCACCUCGAGUCUCCCAGCCCGAAGAAGAAGACGACAAACCCAGCCCCCCCUCUCAACCUCAACUCACCCUCCAACAGAAACCCCAGCCUGCACCCCCCCAACCCCUGGACGACGCCCUCCGCGACGCCGGCGUCUCCGACUCAACCUGGGCCCAACUCCAAGCCGACCGCCUCGCCGAGAUCCAGCGCGAAGCCGAAUACCAACAACUCCGCGCCGCCGCCGACCGCCUCGCAGAAGAAGCUAAAGAAUCCGCCCGCCGCGCCGUUGUCUCCCGUCUGAUUGCCGAGGAUGAUGAAGCAAAAGCAGAAGAGGAACGCCGGAGGAAGGAGGAGGAGGAGAGAAGAAAGGAGAUUGUUAGGCGGUUGUUGGAGGCUGAGGAACGGAGGAAGAGGGAGGAGAAGGAUAGGGCGAAGUUGAAGGCUUUGGGGAGGUGUCCGGUGGGGUAUGAGUGGAUUAGACAGGCGGGGGGGUAUAGGUGCGCUGGGGGUUCGCAUUGGAUGGGGGAUGGCGAGUUUGGGAGGUGUUAA